AUUCACCUUCGUACAAAGAAAACCUAAAUCUGCUCUCCGAUCUCCUCCGCGCUGAACGUCAGUGAAAAUGGGUUCCAGCGAGCAAACGCUGCAGUUCGUUCCGUUGCCGACGAGCGUAACUGCGAGGGUUCAUCCACUGGUAAUAUUCAAUAUCUGUGAUUGUUAUGUGAGGCGGCCGGACCAAGCGGAGCGCGUUAUUGGCACGCUUCUAGGAUCGGUUUUACCUGAUGGCACUGUUGACAUUCGGAACUCUUAUGCCGUUCCCCACAACGAGUCUUCGGAUCAGGUUGCGUUGGAUAUUGAUUAUCACCACAAUAUGCUGUCGUCUCAUCAGAAGGUUAACCCGAAGGAAGUCAUUGUGGGAUGGUUUUCAACUGGUGGGAUCACCAGUGGCAGUGCUCUAAUCCAUGAAUUUUACGCUAGAGAAGUUACCAACCCUAUUCAUUUGACUGUUGACACUGAAUUUAGAAGAGGAAAUGCCUCAAUAAAGGCAUUUGUCUCAACUAAUCUGUCCCUUGGGGAGAUACAGCUUGCUGCACAGUUUCAAGAGAUUCCAUUGGAUCUACGUAUGGUUGAGGCAGAGCGUAUUGGAUUUGAUGUUCUUAAGCCAACAAAUGUUGACAAGCUUCCAAAUGAUCUCGAGGGGAUGGAGUCCUCAAUGGAAAGGUUGCUUACUUUGAUAGAUGAUAUGUACAAAUAUGUUGAUGAUGUUGUGGAAGGGAGAAAGGAACCUGACAAUAAAGUUGGAAGGUUACUAUCCGAUACUGUAGCUUCCCUUCCGAAAUUGUCACCAAAUGCUUUUGACAGGCUAGUUAAUGAUAGCCUUCAGGACCAACUCUUGUUAGUUUAUUUAUCGAGCAUUACGAGGACACAACUCAGUGUAGCCGAAAAGCUGAACACAGCUGCCCAGAUCCUGUAAUACAUUACAACCCCCUAUUUUGCCUUUGCGCCUGAAAAGAGUGGAUCAUCGUGUUCAAUUUAAUUGCAACAGUUUUUGUAACGGUAUUUUUUUAUCAUUGCUGUGAAUCUAAGCAUUCAAAUAUGUAGUUUGGAUAAACAUCAUUUACUUUUGCGACGGCACUUUUGUGGACGUUCUUGUUUCUUCUAUUGUUUAUCGAAAGUUCGUGUUAGUUUUCA